UAGACAGUUAAAUAACUUUCAAAUAAAUUAAAACAAAAAACAAAAAAUUUUAAACUAAAUCAUUAAAAAAUAGCUACGUUAUUCAUUGAUAACUCUUUUUAAACAUCAGAAACCCAUAAAAUGAGCAAAACUAUUGGAGAGACCCCACCGCAGCCUACAUCAACUAUGAAAUCGUUAUUGGGACGUUUAUUUUGGCCUGUGAUUCUUGGAACCAUUUUAGGUGAUUUCUUAAGUCUAUGUCAUUUAUUACCAACACAUUCGCAACAUUUAUACCGGCCCUACAUGUUGUCGGUAGCUCAGUUUAAAGUUUUUCGUAAUAAAAAUUAAAGCUGCUGUAGAUAAAAUAAAACAUAUAUAUAUAUAUA